AACGCUACGCAAUCACCCACCAUCACCAGCGAGGAGGAAAAGAAAAAUUCCCAACAGCAACAACACACAAGAGAACGUCCCAUAAAAGGCCUCAAAUAUUUAAAAAAUUAUUAAUGGUAAAAAUCUGAAAGGAGGAAGUGCGUCCAUGCGCUGCGAGAGUUGUGAACGAGCAAGGAGAGAUGAACACAGUAGCUCCUUUGACGUAAAGAGUUUUAUAUAAGCUCCUCCAAACGCUGCUCUUUGCUCAUCUUCUCCAAGCAACCUAUAAAAUAUAAAUAAACGUGAACGCACAGUACAUACUUAAUAUUAGCAUAGAGUUGUCACACAACCGACACACGCCUCGACUCCCAUGACAACGCCACCGCAACAACAAUAGGCCAGCAACGAUAGGCGAGGCUCUUAGUGAAUAUACUUAUGAGCAGGCUGCAAUUAAAAAUACGCUAGGAGUGCCAUUAACAGAGCACCACCCAUCGUCUGGAUCACCCAUAGGUGUCAAUGGAAGCACGAUUGCAGCCGUAGGUUGUCACGGAGCUUGGAUCUAAUCCUGGAUUGCGAGCCACCGAUAGAGCUGGAAAAAUAUAUUCAAACUGCUCUGCUAACAGCUCGGAGUCGAGACUCACAGGACUCAAUAUCCCAUCAUGAACGCCAGCCUCAUCUAUGAGAUACUAAUGUAUCUGAAUUCGUUCUACUUUGGCCUGUACGCCACCUUCGAAGUGGGCGUGGGCGUGCUGAAGGCAAUCCACCUGAACUACGGCGAGAACGUAUUGUCGCGCGAAGCCAGUAUCCUGCUCUCACUGUGCAUCAUCGAGACCUUGCGGAUCGUCUUCGGCCGCAAGAGCAGUCUUAGCGAUCGUGGCUGGCAAGCAACCGCAUCCGUAAUAUUAACACUGCCCAGUCUUGCUAUCGUAAUCUUCUUAUGUUGUUUUCAAACCUUUGUUCUCAAAAUCGAAAUUAUUCUGAGUGCCUUAAUGAUCACCCUACAAGGUGCUGAACUGGUCUAUGCCAGCAUUUUUAUUUGUACAAUGUGUCGUCCUGUGACAUAUACCUAGCAGUU